AUGGAUCAGAAAAGACAUCGGGGAAUAGAGAAGCCAAGUCAACAAAAGUUGAAGAAUACUAAUUUUUCAAAGAUGAUGGUUGGCCCUGGAAAAGGGGUAUUAAAGAGAUCUGACCUUCAAAAGUCACUUUCUCAUAAGAGACCUACUAAUCUCAUGUUGCAAGAUGAAGAGUUGCCUACUUAUGAAACAAUGGAGUCACUUUCUCCCCAUCAAAGUCAUAUGAGAAGAGUUUCUAGUUUGAACCACGAUGAGGAGGAUUUUGAAGAAGAGGAACACGAAGUUGAUUCUUUUCGAGAUGAGAACAUUUGUUCAACUUCUCAUGGCAUGUCUAAUACUCGAAAAGAAUCUAGAGCUUUGAAUGAAACUAAAAAGAGGCGCUCGAAUAAGGCAAAUUUAGUUUUUGAAGUUGAUGAAUGUGCUGGUCGUAUAGUUGGGGAAGAUAGUCCACAAUUCAUCACUAAGGGUGGGUGUGUAGUUAGAGAUCAUGCAAAAUUUGAUGGAACCACUUGGAAAAACCAACCAGAUUUGUUGAAGUAUGAUAUUAUCACUAAAUGCACGGUUGUCGCUUGA